UUAUUUUAAAAGCGUUUUUAGGGUGUUUUAGAUACCUCAAGAUCUUUCUGAAGCUAACUACAAAAAGUGCUAACAUCGCUGCUGGAACUCGCGGGAAGCCAAUGGCGUGUGGUGUGGAAGAACAAAUGUUCUGAAACAUACGGUGUGCGUUACGGAAAGCAAAGCGUAGCGGCACCCAGUUGUAAAAUCAAAUCAAAAGAGGAUGGAAAAUUGAACAAUAACAAUAGCAUAACCCAACCAGCCACAGUUCUUCGAUAAUUGUACUGAAACGUGUUUACGCUCGUUUUUGUCAACGUAUCGCAGCCCUGUUAAUGGAAAACCCUUUCCAUUUUGUAACAGAAACAUCGAGCAGGCGGUGGAGUGCAUAUCGGCCCUGUUGAAGAAAUUGCAUGUACAUAGAGACACGAGCCAAUUGCAAUUGCAACAUAUUGAACCGCGCCGAGACAGUUGAAUUGCGACCAAAGUCAACGAGAGAAAGUGAUCAAAUGUUUUAAGAGAAAAUAUCCUCUCAUAAGAAUCCAACCAGUCGUCCAUAGCUGGAUCAGUCUACUAUUGCGAAACAUUAACUGUGGAGCACAACACUAAAAGCAACAGAAGGAGGAAAACCGGAUUCAUAGUGCAUUCAGUGUAGUGGAUUGGUUUGCUCGAGACCACACUCUCGAGGCUGACAGUGGUUUUGAAUGUGCGUCUUUGCUGGCGAAGAAGUGUGGUGGUUUGUGCGGCCUCGGAACUAAAGGCGCAGAUAAUAGAACUGAUAUAAAGUGUGUGGCAUAUUUUGGCACAGCGAAGUAUAUUUAGUCGUCCAUCGUGUGAAACGCAGAAAAGAAAUAUUUACACGCGAAAAAGAUUCCGUUUGUGUCCGUUAGGUUAAGAUCUUGGUGUGUUGCCUUUUACCGUGCAGCUUUCGUAUUACGCGGCGCGAGAGAGGGAGCGAAAGAGCGAGCGAAGGAGUAGGUGCGCGCACGCGCUUUGAUACAAGUGUGUGCGUAUGUGUGCGCGCUGCGCGUGCUGUUCGUGGGGUUGUGUGCGUACGGUACGUGUGCGUGCGUGCACACACGAGAGCGGUGUGCUUUUUGCGUGCUCUCCGGUCGACCCCGUGCGCGAGUGAGCGAGAGCAGCUGGGCUGCACACUCCCGAGAGUGUUGGAGCGUGAGCGAGAGAGAGCUAAAGAGUUGAAAGAAAAGAUAAAAAGAAGAAAUAUUUCAUUGAAAAUUUAACGUGGCAAAAUCGGUGGAACCUCCAACGGCAAAGAGUGCUGUUUGUUGCUGCUUCGAGCGGAAAGUGAACGACGGGGGAAGUAAUAUAGAGCCACCAAACCACAGCACACACUGUAGUGCUGCUGUGCGCGCGCGUGUGUUUGUGCGUGUGUGUGUAUGUGUGUGUGUGUGUGUGUAGAGCAAAGGGUGGCUCACCAAAAUAUAUCGAAAUUACGACGAAAAGCGGGUGCAAUAUUGCGAAUUCCUGUAGUAUUGCACACAGUGGAGGUGUAUGUGGCAUUGCGGUCGUCAAACGUGUCAAAAGCUAAGAAAGUGAAAAGAAGUGUCCAGUGAUCAGUAGCAAGAUCAGCAACGGCGCAUAUCGCAGUGUCUAGAAUUAGUGCACUGGUGUGCUGUCACGUAGCCCAUAGCUGCUGCCUUCGCGACGAUUCCACUACAGAAGCAAAUUGGCAGCAAAGUAACAACACCGUGUGCGGUUUCGUGUGUAGUUGUGAGCGGCUACUACUAUUGUUGUUGGUUGGUACUGUGGAAGCUGAAGGUUUGGCCGACCGACAUAAACGGUGGUUGUUUUGAAACAACAGCAACAACAACAGUACACGCAGUAGCAACAGCAGUAACAACAACACAACCAACAACAAGAGCAACAACGACAACGGUUGCUGCUACCUUGCAUUGCUCACUCUAUAUAUAUAAUAUAUACACACACGCAUACAUUCACAAAAUAUACAGUCGCCGUUCUCUUUCGACCGUCCCUUGUCUUGUCUGUAUGCUGCCCUGGCGCAAGGUUGCUGAGCGGUAGUGCAACCAUUGUUUUCCUCUGCAGCAUUGGCUGCAAGACGCAGAAGGCACCGUUUGCUGCCACGAGCGAGCACCUAGUCGUCGCUCUUCCUAAUUCUCCACGCACACCUGUGCCCAGUGCCAUUACGACCACCACCAUUGGUUCCAUCUGGUUAUCAGUUGGACAGAGUGCAGCACCCCGUUGCCAAGAUGGCUGCUUUGUGUGCUGGAAGCUAUGGAUUGUCGCAGCAAGGCAGCCUGAACGAUGAGAACAAGGAGUUGAUUUUCGUCAAGCUGACCGACUCGGCUCUGCGAGCCAUUGAAGAGUUCCAACGCACGCAGGCAAAAUUAGGUACUUCUAACAAUCCAUCGAUACAGUUUCUUCAGAAUGGCCAAGGCUUUCUAUCAUUUCCUUCCGGAGGCAACAAUGUACAGAAGUUUAACUUCUCCAUUACCGACAUUGACACUGGUUCGAUCGAAUGCAUUCAGCAGGCCCAGGGCCAGCUACAAAAUAUGGGCCAUAUUCCACACAAAAUGCGGAUACACGCAAACGAUGAUGUUUACGAAACCACGAGGCAUAGGCUUGCCGCCGCAGAAGAAAAUCAAAAGAACAAGUGCACUAGGGAAAUAAAACCUAAUCAAACAGAUAUUGGGCGUAAAGUGAAGUUAAAAAACCCAGCCAUCCGUAACAUUCCUAGUAAUAAUACAGCAGUUGUAAACAAACGUGAUUCUAUCUAUAGCAACAAUUCUGUGAAUAAGACAUCCUCCGUAGCAGCAAGCCAGCUAUCAUCUAAUAAUAGUGUUAAUAGUUAUAACAACCUAGCAACAUCACCAAAACUAGCUAAAAGUAACGGUCUGCAUCAGUCGUCCCAACAACAACUACAGUCUCAACAACAACUGCAACAGCAACCUCUGCAACAACAGCCACAAUCGCAGCAUCUGCUUCAACAAAAUAAUCAUCAGGCACAACCACCAUCUCAACUGCCUCCUGUGCAGGCGAAACCCGGAUAUCAGCAUACCGUUCAUGAUCCGCCUAAUUCGCAGCAGCAACACGUACCGAAGCUGUCUGAGAAUGGAAACUCUCAGAGUAGGGUAGCGAAUGGUAGGCCAAAGCCUGCGAAUUCAGAUUACAUGAAAUGCAACAUAAAAGAACGUCUUAUUCAUAUGCUAGCAUUGAAGCCAUACAAACGGCCAGAAUUGGUUGUAAAACUGCAGCAAGAUGGAGUCCGUAAGGAAGAGAUGAAAUGUACUCAGCAGAUACUAAAAACCAUAUCCAGCACCCGAGACGGAGUUCUUAUACUGCAUCGGAACAUAUGGAAUGAAGUACAGGAUGAUUGGCCGUUUUAUUCGGAACAAGAUCGACAAGCCGUUAAACGGAGGAGGCCACAAAACUUGACGCCUCCUCUUAGCUCAGACGGUGGCUCAUCAACUUCUGGUCAGAGUCCUUCUAGUACACAUAACGGAAAUAGUCCUCAAUCGGGUAGCAAACGAGCUGUGCUUGCGGGCAGUGAAGAAGUUGGUUCUACUCCCACUGCCAAAAAGCAACGAAUCAGUCAUUACAAGAAAGAAACUACUUCCGAUCAUACGAGUAGACGCGGUAUAACAGAUUCCAGAGACAGUAGCAAUAUGAAUCCACGAUCCAGGGAACAAGAUGAUCACAAAAAUCAUCACCACCACAACCACCACCAACAUCAUCAUCAUCAUUCCAUACGUUCGUCGCACUACUACGGACCAAAUCUAACGCCUAAUGCCCAGGAAUCAGAAGAUGGUGUUAGUUUGAGCUACUCACUCGUAUCGAACGAUGUUGCGAAACGGAUAGAAUCGUCGGUGUGCGACGCAGAAGCUGAACGGGAGCCAUUCGAUACUGGCUAUCUGGAUGGUGCGCAGCAGAUGAACGGCGGGGGAGAAGAUGAUUUUGUAAACCAAUUUACAAGGAUAACAUCAGUUGAGCAACGGCGUAGAUACAAGACUGAAUUUGACAACGAAUACAAGGAAUACCGGCGGCUGCAUGAAGUUUUGGAGAAUGCUUCAAGAAAGUUUGCUCAGUACGAAGAUGAUCUGUCGCACGAACCGAAGGAUACACAACGCUACAAGGAAAUUCAAUUGAAAAUUCUGAAAGAAUACGAAAGAAGUAUUAAAAACGUCAAAUUUCAACAGGACAAAGAGCGGUUUAACUAUCUUCAUAAAAAACUGUCUCAUAUCAAGCUACUUGUACGUGACUACGAUACUUCGAUAACUAACGGCUCGUGCAGGCCACAGGAGAAUUACUGACGAUUGUUGAAGCACAUGAAGCGCUCGUAUUUUGUAUGUUGAAAAAGACAAUAUUUAUUUUGAUGGGAUAAAUCAAUCAAUCGCUUCGUCAUCAGACAUUUUCGUACAUGUUGCAGGAAAACUGUCAACAUUGUGUUAUUAUCUUUUGUUUUUGAACUUACAUUGUAUUUUUAAAGAGUUUUUGGAACAAGCAUUAGGACGGUGUAUUGACUUGAGCACAGCUUCACACUGACCGUAUUGAAUGAAACUACGAGCCAAAAUGUCGAAAUCAUCACGAGUUAACUAAGUUAGCAUUUAUGAAUCAUCGACAUAUUUAUCCGAUGCAAUUGGUUCAAUUAUCUUCUUACAAUUUCCUCUUUUUUGAUUAAUUUUCUUAAAGUUUUCAUUCAAUAACGUAGCUGUUUGUUGAACAGUUUUGAUACGAUUUAUUCUCAACUCUCUCGUUAUCCUUUUGCUUAUUUGCUAAAAACGGCUGUAGUAUACUUAUGUUAUGGGUUGUAUGAAUUAUUAAGUUUAUUGAUAAUUUCACAACUGAUUCUCCUCUAUGAACUGUAUUUAGAAUGAGUGACAUACAUCCGAUUAUACUCAUAUGCCUCAUUGUUGAGAUUGAAAUUUACUGUCUGGAUUUUUAAAUGUCAAUGCGAAUGGUUUUUGUGUGCAAAUGCAAUCACCCUGUACAGGAUGUGUUUGUCAUGCAUUGUCUGAGAAAAUAAUGUCAAGUAUGAACAAUUUUGAACACUAAAAAGUGAAGCUAUCAAUUUCAACGUUGAACGAUCGUUUAAACAUGUGUUUAAACAUCUACAAACUUACACAGGAUCUUUAUUGUUGAGGCAAUGAUAUUGAAUAUGUUGAAGAGCAUGACAGUAGAUCUACAAGAGUUUAUUUGAAUGCAAUGAUCCAGCGCAAAUCAUUAUAAAGCUAUAUAGUUAAUAUGCUCGAUUGAGGUUGAUCUUGUAACAGUAUAUAGUUGCCCUCGUGCUACAGGAAAGGAUUACAGUAAUGUAACUUGUAAUAAAUUUCACGGUUGAUUUAGAGAAAAGUAGCAAAUUGUCUUAAAUCUACUGCGCAGUCGCGUGUAAUGGCUUGGGAAUGAAAAAAGGUUAUUUAGUUGACUAGUGUUCCUUUUUGUUUGUUCCGUUAGUUAAUUGGUUAAUCAUUGUUUUAUCUAUAAGGUUAUUAAGAAGUAGCGCAAAGGUUAUGAUAAAUCGUCAGAAACGUGAAAUACAAAAGAAACUGUUCGCCACCUCCCGUUACUGCAAGCACAGUUAAAUUAGCAAAUGUUCGUGGUGUUUAGUGACAAUUAAAAAACAGUGAAUGAAGGUUUGAGCUGAUGGAAAUGACAUGCGUAUCGGUAAUACUUGUGAUAGUGAUAUCAAUGAGCAGUGUACCAAGAGCAGCGCUACUACACACGUUAUUUGUAAGGAGCUUAUUGUUUACGAAACAAGCAACAAAAACACACACAUUGCCGCAUAUGUGCUCGCCAUUUGUUCAACUUAUUUCUAGUUUCUUCUUAACAUGAGUUAAUAAGUGGAAUUGUAGCAAAGGGGCGAUAAAGAAUUACGUCGAAAGAAAACGAAAAGAGAUAUUAGUGCCACACUCUGUAAUCGAGGAAAAAAUAUUACGCAUUACAAGAACAUCCAUUGAUGCAAAAGCAUCGUAUGAAGCUCGAUUUGUAAACCAAUUGAAUUAAGUAUCAAAUUUAAAUUGCAGGAGUUGCUAACGUUUUCUGGAAAUGAGAUUUUUGAAUUCAUGAACCCAAAUAAUGCAACACGCUCCGAUUGUCGGGAAUUAUUUGAUCUUCAUGUUUUGAGCGUUGCAAAAUCGAUGGCAAAAAUGUGCCAUGAUUGCCUUGUCAGAAUCAGGAAGAACAUAACAAUCAAAAUACGCUAUCAGUUCGUGUUACGUAGCGUAAACUCGUAUACCAAACAGGAUAGAAAACAUAUCCUUUUUUGUUUGAAUUUCUUGGGUUGUAGAUUGUCUAGCAAUUCAAUUCAAACACAAACUGACGACACUCUGACCAAUUCAUCAUAGAUAAUUAGAUUAUCUGCGCUUUGUUACCACAAUUCUAAUUAAAUUAUGUUUGGUAUUUCACUUUUUUCGAAAUUUGUUUUUUUAAUGGCCCAUGUCGGCGAUGGCAAAACGAUAGUAGUCGAUAUGUUAACAGUAAGGUUUAGACAGAAUUUGUUUCGAUAUACAUAACCGCUGCUUCAUAACUCAACCGUGCAAUGUUGAAAUAAACUAAUGAAUUGUACAUUGUAUGCAAUGUUUUGCAGGUGGUAUACAUUUAAUUUAAUAUUACUGUGUUUUGUUUUUGUGCAGUUCGUACAAUCUUCUCAGUUUGCUUGUUUCUUUUUGUUUUGUUUCAGCACUUUAGCUUCUACAGUCCAUAUAUAAAUAUGUGUUUUAAUAAAGCUAUGCUACUGGACAUUAUUGAACACUUCUUUAAAAUUUUGGUGUUAGGAGGUAGAAUAGGGUAGGUAGCAUGUAUUUUUAAUUUGAUUGUUUGUUUCGUUGUAGUGAUUCUGCCAUCUGGACCAACGGAACUAGAAAAUUCCUGUUAAGUUAUAAUUUCGUUACUUUUGCUUAUGUUUUUUCUGUAUCAGACAGGUUUUUUUGUAUAUCUGCUUUGUAAUGGUCGAGUUGACAUCAAGUAAAAGAUUCACUAAAAUUUUAACAUCUGCAUAAAGCCAGCCACAGAUAAUUUUAAAUGAAUGAUAAACUGGGUUCGUACUUUAAGGAAUGAAACAAGGAACACAGCGCUACACUUUUACAGUAGGAAAAAUAAGCUAUGCAACGACUAAAAGAUAAAAACAAUGAAUAGCUUAUAAGCAAUGGUUUGUUUUUUUUUUUAACACAAGGAUGUGCUUACUAAUGAACGAAAACGCAAUCAAAACAUAAAAGUAAACAUUUCAAUCGAAAGCAGCACACUCUAAGAGCGGAGAACAGUUGCGUGGGAAUAGACUUGUAGCAAAAGAUAAUGCAAUACAAAACCUGAAGUUAAAUCACUCGAAAUUAGUAGUGUAAAAUUUGUUUCUUACGAAGUUAACCAAGUGGUAGUUUCGCAACAAUGUCUUAACUACAAUGCAGCCCACUGGUGUGCAUUCAUUGUGUUUAUUUUAAUGCGGUUGUAACAAAUGGGUGACAAAUUUCCCCAAUAAGAGGAAACACAGAGUACACAAAGUGCCAAGAAUGCUUGAUUCUUGUAGCAAGACAUUCCCUCCUUUCUAUUAGCUCCGUCAGCAGUACGCCGUUGCAGGGUUAAACAGUUAAACGCCAUACUACAACAUAACGUUGCAACGAUAUACUAUAUCUGAAAUGCGCUGCGCAGAUUCAAAAACUUAAUGAACAAAGUGUUAAAAUAGCAAAGAAAUGUAAGCGUCCACUUCAGUCUUCGUAAAAACCCUUCCUAUCACAAGUCCGUAUGUGUUAAUUGUAGAAUAAUAAUAUUUUUAAUACAAUGACAAUUAAACCAUCCUCCGUCUAUGAAAGCGAAAGCAACAUGCAAUGUACGGAAAAUACAUAAGGGGUACAAGUCCAUCCUAUUGAAAAUUUGACUGCAGAGUACACCCGAAUGAACAAAACCAUUUCAAUUAUUUUGUAUGAACAAGUAUCUUUUACUUUGGUAAAGUAUUUAAUCCUUCCCAGUUAUCCGCCCGUUUGAUAAAUUGCGCCGGAAAGGUAGAGCAAUAUAAAAAAAAACCUCGUCCAGAUCAUAAUCGCAGUUGUCUCACCAUAUUCUCAAAACAAAACAAAAAACAAAAAUCACAGAUCACAGAUAAACAAGCAAACAAACAAAUGCAUAAAAUUUAAUUUUUACAGUAAAUGUGCAAUAGAAUCACAAUGACAUUUCAGGUGAAAUUUUAUAACAGAUAGUCGACUGAACAUGAUAAAACAUGCAAACGUAAUAAUUGAUAGCUAAGCACUUUUACAUCGAUUUGCUUGCAAUGUGUCCAAUGUAGAAUGCCAAUGUUGAGAGUAAAUUUGGUGGAAGUAAUUGCUAAAUUUGAAUUAACCUAUUUUUACCAGUACUUGUAUACAGGGUAGUUAAUGUUUCUUCGUUUUAUGCCUCUCUGUUACCAACAAAAACCAAAUUGUUCAGAAGCUUCGUUCGAAUUAAUUUCUAAAAGCAUUAUGAAAUUUUCAUUCAAACGUUAAAAAUUUGUGUGAACAUACGAUUUUAUUCUGGUUUUAAAACAGAUAAAAAAGAAACACAUAAAAAUGUACUCAAAACCAUCUUGAAGCAGUUUUUUUAUGAUUGAUAACUUACAUGCUACUACUACUCUCUUCAGUUUUGGACAUGUAGGGAAAAUGCCAAAAAAACUCUUUUGUCAGAAACAAAAAUCAAUCAAGACAAAUUAAUAAUGUAAUCAAGCGCUUAAAUGUUGUUUACAUUCAACGAAGAAACACCUACCUAUUAUUAGUGAAUUUGCAUGUCAUCUCUAAUCUUUUUUGCAUUUAACUCAAAAUUCUUCUUUUGCGCUUCCUUAUUUUCUGCCAAUAUUCAAGUUAGGUUUAGUGGCAGAAUCGUAUUAACGUGUAAUAAUGUACAACAAACUAGCUUGCUUACUUCAAUAGACAUAUAUUAACUGAAUGCUUAACCUUGUUUAGCUUCUGGCUGUGUUACAAUCCAACAGCUGUAACAGAAGCAUCAGGAAUCAAAGUGGUUUGAAUUAAUAGAAAAAUAGCUGCAUCUGUUCAAGCUAUGAUUAAAAAAAACACGCUUCUCGAUGUGAAAUCAUGCCUUCAACAGCAAAUAAACAAAGAAAAACACAGCAAAACGUACGUAACAGCAAUCAAACAAGAUAUUAAAAACAUGCUGCUUUCAUCUGGUACUGAAAAGUCAGAGCUACUUUUUUCUUCAACCACCUCCCAAUUAUAGGAGAAUUUGGAAUAGAAUGCAAACGGCGUAUGUAAAUAGCAAGAGCUGUAUGAAACUGCUAGUAAAAGCAAUGAACCGAUGUGCUUAGGAAGAGCGUAAAUUUCGCUUAGUGCUUUAUUACUUCCUUGUAAAUAAUUAUCAUCUCUCGAUUGCCAUGUAGGAACAUCCAGAGCAGAACGGAACAGCCCAGAAGGAUAAGCCAUUGGAAAUCUUUUUUGCUUAUUAGAACGGGACUGCAAUGCUACAUUGCAGCCAUUAUGGGGACCAAAAAUUGGCUAAAGUUACCAAAAUUGUUUACGAACCGGGGAGCAAACAUGGCAUAAACGAAGGCAACGGUCUUAGAUAUUUCAUUCGAGCUGGUUCUCCAAUGAUAUUUGCUCUGUCGAUGAUGUCGAUGAAGGCCUGUUUUAGUAUAGUGGUGCAUUUGUAUAUGAGCUUCUUGAUUUAGUGCAGUGAAUUUGUUCUUCUCUUAGCUUGUGUAAUGCAUUCAAAUACCAAGUAUAUUGAACGAUUGUCAAAUUCCACGAAUAUCAUGUUUCCUUUUCUGUUACAUUGUGUGAAUACUACGUCAGUUACAGUUACAUCAGUUCAAUACUACGCCGACUGAUCUGACAAUCCAAUAGUUUGUCCCACAAACGAGAUCGAGAAAAUGGUCACGUUUAAUGCAAAGUAUGGACUACAACACAUUGCAUGAUAAUGAACAGUUCACAAAUCGAUGCAUGUAGAUAAAGGAGCUAAUACCCAAAUUUAUACAUCGGAAUAGUAGUUGUAACACAAAAUAUAAAUUUCAGAGUAAUAGUGCUAUUUGAACUAGAAUGUACCACAGUGAAACUUCUUAAAGCAAAGUGUUUGGUUUUCUUUCCUCUACACUCACAACGCAAUUGUUGCAAUUGAUACACACAACGCAAGAGUAAUGAAUUCCAACUGAAUUGUAGUCGAUACAAAUACAUCAAACAGAAUGAAUACAUAACUUACUUACAUCAGUAGAAAGUGGAUGCAGUAACAGGGUUUUUUCUCUACUUACAGCGUACAGUGUACGAUCGAAGUCAAAAAACAGAUGAAAAUCUUAUAAGCAGCACAAAUAUAUUUUCAAAAAAGUGUCAAUAUUUUAAGAUGUAUUGGAGACUUGAAUGAAAAACAGAACAAAGCGCGUAUGAGAAAUGUAUCGUGCUGUAGUAAUACGAGAAACUCUGAGAGCGUGUUUGAACUGAAAAAUAUCAAAUGACAUAUUCAUCAAACAUGAUGUUUCUUUUAACUAAAAAAGUAAUUUAAACUAUUCAUACGCCCGUUGUGCGUAUCGACUUCAGCUCUUAAUAGUAUUCUGAUUAUACUAAUGUGUAAACAAGUAACUAACAAACAAUAGAAUCAACAAAAUCAAAUCAGAAAUACCUAUUUAUAAACACGAAAGUACAUAACAAUGAAAUAGGGGAUAGUUUAAGAUGCGGUGAGCAGUCUCAAGCAAACCAUUGCAGUUAUUUAUAAACGCAGAAGAAAAAAAUCACCAUAUACGCCCACAAAGACACACAUGGAUACACAUUUGUGCAAAAAAAUAUAUUUUUUGGAUGAAACGUGUGGCCGAAAGGUGUCGGAAAGGAAUUCACUCAGAAGCAAACGAACCCAUCACAUAGAAACGUAUGUGCAAAAAUCUUCUUCUUCUUCAUAAAAAAACAUCGUACCGGCGUCAAUAUAUCAAUCCUGCGAAUUGUAGGAAUUCUUGUACGAUAUAUGAUAAUAGGAAGUUUAGAGCAUGGUUUGAGUUUAGACUUUCGUAGCUAAGGCUGUUAAAUUGAUGGUAAAAUCCAAAUAUAAUCAUCACUUACAGUCUUUCGAACUCGUAAAGUUGUGAACACUGUGUUUGGAAUGAAAUAAUAAUGAGUACAUCACACCGAUAUCAGCGCAGUGUGUGCACCAGUUGUAUCGCCGUGUGAUACACGGGCUAGUUUGUUUACAGUUUGCAUUUUCACAAUAGAUGGUUGUAUUAUAACGGAUUUAACUGAUGUACUGAUACACCUCAAAAAGUGGAAAAUGUCAAGCCCGUGUUGCCUAUGUUAUGUCUGUCAUAUUGAUCUUCUCAGUAAUGCUGUUGUACCAGCUCAGAGGUACCCGUACACACAACAUCGUUUAGUUUCUCCUAGAUUACGACAAUUAGUGGCCAACAAUAAUAUGCACGCUCAAUGAUGCUGUCAAAUGCUCUCAUUAUACUUAUUGUAAAAGUGUACUUAUUUCAAAGAAGCAAUGCUAUAGUACGCAUGGCACGCAUGCGUUUCGUACGAUGCGUAACACGUUAUAACACUAUUGUUAGCGUGUGUCGUACGAUGGUGUGCUGGGGCGAGCAAAUCCUUACAAUUGCACCCAUUGAACCGAAGGAAAGCCACUCAUUUUGUUUCCAGAUUUUGGAUAUUUGGCAUUAGUGUUUAGUAAUUAUUAAAACAUAAAUGAUCCCAAUCAUUUGUAUGUGUGUAUCAUUUGUAUCAUGUGUACCAACAAAUUCGAGUGUGUUUUUUUUUUAACUGAUGAAGGUCUAGCAAAAGGUUACAAAACUUGCCUUGCCACACUUAACAAUCUUUGAAGAUGAAUGUAGUUUUCGAUGAGCAUGAGCAGCUGCGAAACAUGUUUUUUCUCAUUUUCUAGUGCUGUAAAAUAGUGCAUAUUUGCUUACACUUGAACAAAGCGCACUUAAGGUUGAAAAACUAGAGAAAACAAGCAGAAAACACAAACGAAAAGAAAAAGACUGAAUUAUUUCUAACAUCUCUGUGUGGGGGAACUGUGGAGAUAACAUUGUUUGUUAUAACGUUAUGUUUUUCUCAGAUUUCUCAUGAGUAUUGUCAAUUGUCAAGAGUAUCCAUUUAUGUCAGAUUUAAAUGGAAUAAAUACCUAACAACGUUUGUGUUUUAGCACAUCAGCUAGCUUGUACAAAUUGGUAUUGGACAAGUGGUUUUGCCAAUCUAAGCUGAUUAGUUUAGUGUUACUUGGCAUUAAUGUGUGGCGAUGGUUAUAUUUCGCUAGUGUGUUUCGGCUUGGCCUUUUUUUACUUCUUAUUGUGUUCCUAGGACGAUGUAGAAGUUUCUAAUUCGUGUACAUUACACCUUAAGUAAGAGCUAACCGCGUGACGAGAGUGGAAAAUUGUGUACUACAGUUAAAUUUGCGUGGUUUUUACUUUAUUAACUUUACAUCGGCUUAAAGCUGAUGCUGCCACUUUGGGUAAUAGUCACUGGCUUAUCAAAAAAAAAAAAAAGAUGAAGUAACACUAAACAACAACAACAACAACAAGAACAUACACAAUCAAAGAGAUACAGCCAACCAUCGUAGAUAAUGACUGACAAGAUCAGAAAAAAAAUGUACAAGGAAGAGAGACAAAAGCAAGAGAAAAGUUAACGAAAAAUGAGUGAAAAAGAAUUAUGAUACAACAAACAAAGCACUGUAUGCAGCUGGGAAACGCUUUUUGAAGAAAACAGCAUACAAUGAAGGCCUUCAGCAGGACUCAUAGGACUGAGCUUGAAAUAGAAACCGGGGAUGCAACUAUUGGUGUACAUGUGGAAAAACAAAACAAAAUUCAUCUUGAACAAAACGAACAAUGGAACGAUUCGAAAGUAUUGGGCAAAACACAGCUUCUAUUACAUGUGUAAAUAACUCAUUUUUUUAGGAUUUCGGAAAGACUAAGUAGCAUACAUUUGCAACGCAAUGCCGUUUUGGUGUUAUCAAUGAUUUGUUUUAUUCGUUGGAAAAAAGUCAAUCGUGUGUGCAACCGUUUAAUGCGUGCGAAAGACCAACCAAACAAAGCUCCUCGAGGAUCGCUUUGUACCACCAGACUAGAGUCGGAUUGAAUAAGUAUUCCGGGUAGGAAACCGCCAAUAGUCAUGAUAUCAAUAUACAUUAGGAUUGCGAAAGGGACAAGAUAUAAUAGAUGUUGAUAUGACUGCGGUAAACGAAACGAAUCCAUGCGUUGUACCAACUAACUAAACUAGAUUGGUAUUUGAAAGCAUUUUGACCAAUUGGUCAUGAUCAUGAAUGUAACUGGAAUCGAUUGCCUUUAAAAAAACGCACCGAAUAGUGCACAGCCAAUAUCUCUCCUAGAGCAGCAUUCUUCUUCUGCGUGUGUCGCUUCCAAGAAUGGCAUAAUAGUGCGGCCCAGCCAAAGAGAAAAUGGACAUGAAAUGAUGAAAAACAAAACGAAUCAGUUUGACACACUGCAUAACACGCUGCGUAAGUGCAUCGUGGUAUCGAUGGCAACAGAAAAAGCCCCAAGCCCCCCCCCCCCC